AAGUAGUUCGUUGACUGCCCGCCGAGGAAGUUGUGAAGGUGCUCCGCCAUCGAAUCGUCCGCGCAGUCUAGAAUCCGUCACCAGAUCGGAAGGUGCUCAACCCGCUCUACUCCAGGAGCUCAGAACCUAUAUUCAACUGGCACAGUACAAACCAAUCCCCAACACAAGCGCGCACCAUGAAGUUGGCCAUUAUCUUUGAGGCUUCAUUCUUGUUCGUCUGCUGGUCGCAAGCUGUCAGCGGACAUGUCUUCGGCUACUCCGAGCCCAAUCAACGGCGCUGGGCUCGGCAUCAUGGUCACUGUGCUGGAAAGACCCAAUCUCCAAUUGCCAUCGCCACCACCCGGACGAUACCCGUUCAUAUGCCGGCGGUGGACAUGAUUGGCUACCACAAUUUGUUGCCUUAUCCCCUGAAAAUGGUCAACAAUGGACACACUGUUUCCAUCGGCAUCCCUAAGGUCAAUGUGAGCGAAGUGGGGGAAGAUUUUUUGCCCUACAUCCGGGGCGCCAAACUGCCCGGGGAGUUCGAGGUGGAGGGCCUGCACUUCCAUUGGGGCGACAAGAACAACCGGGGAUCGGAGCACGUCAUCAACGACAUCCGCUACACCAUGGAGAUGCACAUUGUGCACCGCAACAAAAAGUAUGCCACCAUCGGCGAGGCUCUCAAUCAUCCUGAUGGCGCCGCUGUCCUGGGAUUCUUCUUCAAUCUGGAUGAAGAUGAGGGUCAAGGCCUGGUAACCAUUAACCGUCAUUUGCAUCUGAUAGCCGAUGCCAACCAGGAGGCCACCCUGAAUGUAACCUUCUCGUUGUCUUCGCUGAUUUCUGGCGUGGAUGUGGACAAGUUCUAUACCUACAAGGGUUCCCUGACCACUCCGCCCUGCUCCGAGGCAGUUACCUGGAUCUUGUACCCCGAUCCCAUCCCCAUUUCACCCAAGCAAAUCUCCCGCUUCCGCCAGUUAUCGGAUGUCCAGGAUGGAGCGCUGGUGGAUAACUUCCGGAGUCUGCAGCCAGUGGGAAAUCGAAGGAUCUUCGUCCGGACCGGACAUGUGCGUCACACCUCGGUCUCGGCCUUGAAGCACGAGACCGAUUAUCUCAAGUUAGACUGGUUCUAUUAAACUCGAACAGGCAACCGGAUGUGGAGCAGUGUGCCAUCCCAUAUUAGGAUACCUCUUAAUUAAGCAUUUAUUAAGUAAAACUAACUAGUCUAACCAUUAUCGGUUUAAUAAAUACAAAAAAAAACAAA